ACACAUACCACUGAUAUAGUUCAAUGAGAAAAUGAAUAUACUUCAAUUUCAUGAAAUUAAUCGGAUUUUGUAUGUUUAAAAGUUCGAUUAUUUUUUGAAAAUUGAUUCCAUUUGGAGUAGAUAACCCUUUUUUCAUCUGUAUAUGAUUUACAUUCCUACAAUUCCUAGUAAUGUUACAUUCUCUACGUUUAUCGUGUAUGUAUUCACAAAGAUUCGUUCGAUGCAUCAUACUAAGAAUCUUGUAGACAUUAUAAGGGAAUAUAGGAUAAUAAUAAAUACACAUUGAUGAUUAUUCGUUGAUGUAUUAAAUUAGUUUUUAAUGUAGGACCGAUUAUUAUUAUUCCAGUGUCAUAGCAUUUAAGUUUAUAUCUUCCGUCAUAAACUAACCGUUGAUUCGACACGUCACGGUUACAACAAAUGAAAUGUAUCAAAGGAUUUGUUGCGCUGUUAAACAUAUGUAAACGUCGAGCGUUUUAGUUCCAGCAACGGUUAAGCGCAUUUUGUGACAUGUAUGGUAACACCAUACGAUAAACGUAAAAUAAAUUUCAAAUAAAUCAUUUUUGAGAAGCAGUACGUUGAUCUUUUUACAAUGAAGAUCAACAUUAAUUCCAAUCAAAAAUUCAUUUUGUAGUUGAGAAGCUAUAAAGUGUUAUCGAUGUACAUAUAAUAAGGUGCCUUAUUUGCUACUUAGCAUAGGAACAAGUUAAUUUGAACUAUUUAAAAUGGAUGUCAGCGGGUUGUUUAGAGCCAGCGUGAAGACAAUAAGUCUUCGUAACAAGGAUUUAGGGAUUGCAAGUAAUGCACAAUUAAAAAAGGUCAGAAGUAAAAGUCCUUUCUUUGUAAAAGCACAAGGGGUCGUAGUACAAAUUUCCAGGUUGCGCGAAUUUUUGUUAGAAAAUCGCAAAGCAUACUUAAACUUUUCAAGCCAUUUAUCCUAUAUGCCUAGUAUGACCGACGUCGAUCGAGAUGAAAUAGAUAUCGGAGCGCAAAAAAUAAUGACCACUUGUUCCCAAUUGAUCAAGGAAUUGCGUAGAGAAAUCGCAGAUUCCAAAGUUUCUCCACAGAAUUUAGAACAUAGGGAAAUUAUGUUGCUGUUAAUAGAGGAGUACCUGAAAAAUGUUUGUAAAAUUUACUCCGAACAGAAAGCAAUGCGCGUGAAAAGAGCGAUGGAGAUGAGAAAAAUAGCUAGGUUGGAAUUAGAAACGAAGCCCGUGAAACGAUUAGAAAUUGGUACGAAAGAAUCGAGUUUGAAUGCAAAUGAGAAGUUGGAAGAGAAAGAAAAUAAGAAUGAUUCCAAUGACUCCAGUCCUAUGAAAAUACAAGAAAUAAACGGAGACGUUAAUUCGUUGAUGUACGAAGAGGAAUUAUCGCCCGAAGAUAUACAGCUGUUCGAAGCGGAAAACGAGCAUUUGUACAAUGAACUUAACACAAUCACGGAAGAAGUGAAGCAAAUAGAGAGUAAAGUGGUACACAUAGCUGAACUUCAGGAGAUAUUUACUGAAAAAGUGUUGGAUCAAGAUAAAGAUUUAGAUCGUUUAAUGACGACAGUGGUGGGAUCGACGGAAAACGUAAACGAAGCUAACGAACAAAUUAGACAAGCGAUUCAACGGAAUGCAGGUCUCAGAGUAUGGCUCCUUUUCUUUGUUUUAGUUAUGUCGUUUUCUCUUUUGUUUCUCGAUUGGUACAAUCCUUGAAACAAACAAGUAUUUUAGUAAUUUGAUUCAACCACUUGUACAUACACUCAAAGAAUGUUGUACAUUAUUGUAAAUACUAAUGUCGUUAGUUUUGAAAUGAUAAUGAAUAAAACUUUGCCAAAA